AUGGAGGGGGAAGAGACAAACUCUGGAAACAUCCUUGCCGAGCAUCAGCUUAAGUAUUGCUCCCAAAUACUGACCAGACUCAAGCGGAAUUCGAAUGCGCCUCCAUUUUUAGAGCCUGUGGAUCCUGUGAAAUUGGGGAUUCCUGAUUAUCCCGAAAAGAUAAAGCACCCCAUGGACCUGUCCACCAUUAGGAAGAAGCUGGACUCCAAAGAGUACGAGGGGCCUGAGGGUUUUGAUGGGGACAUGAGGCUGAUGUUUAGCAAUUGCUAUACGUACAAUCCUCCUGGAACAGUUGUCCAUGAAAUGGGAAAAGGGCUUGAGGCUGUAUAUACGGAUCUGAUGGCGGGGAUGCCGCAGGAGAUUCCGAAGAAGCGAAAGAAGACCGAGAUGCCUGCUGUUGGGAGGCCGAAGCAGGUGAAGAGAAAUGUCAAGGGCAGUGACGGGAUGAAGGCAGAGGACUAUGAAUUCUGUUCCGAGACCCUUAGCGACUUAGUAAAACCGAAGCACAAGGCCUAUAACUGGCCUUUCCUGGAGCCUGUUGAUGGAGACCUUGUUCCCGGGUACUACUCUGUGAUUAAGGAGCCGAUGGAUCUCCAGACGAUGAGGAGCAAGCUAGAGCAAAGGAGAUACCAGAGUGUUGAGGAGUUUGGAAGGGAUCUAGAGCUCAUUGUGGAGAACUGCAAGAAGUUCAAUGCGCCGGGGACGGAGGUGUAUGUCUGUGGGCAGGAGUUUGAAAAGGCGGUAAAGAUGCACAUGCAAAAGGUUUCUCCACACGACAUUAAGAGCAGGAUAACCGAGCUGAAGCGAAAGGUCAUGUCCUAUAGCAGGGAGAUUCGGAUGCUGGAGUCGAAGCUGAUGGAGCAGACCGGGGAGAUGCCCACAUCACGGGCCUACUCGUUGAACGAGAGAGUUAGCAUCGGAAAUGCGAUAUUGAAUAUGAGCAAGGAGCAGACCGAAAGCGUUGCAAAGAUUGUGCUGAAGAACGGGGCUGGUGAGUUUGUGGAGAACGAUGAGAUUGAGGUGGACAUGAGGACGAUUCCGGAUCAUGUUGUUGAGGAAAUAGAUAUGUACAUCAAGAGUAUUAAUGUGGGAGAGGAUGUGCGGGACGAGUGA